AUGACUUCAGUUACCUUUAACGUGGAGGAUGAUGAUCCAAAGAAUUUGAAAAUCAAGAACCCAAAAUUGUAUGCUAAACUACAAAAAUUCAGGCAAGAGCAAUCAAAUAUGAAUACAAUAAAGUAUGCAACAAAAAGCAGUAUAUCAGUCUCAGAUUCUGAAGUCAUAAAUAAUGAAGAUAACCACAAAUUGAGAAGAAACAUGAACUUGAAGCCCAACAAGGUGAAAUUUGUUGAAAACCCAUCCCUCAAAUCAAAUAUUUCUAGUACAUCCGAUGGAUUUAGUUACAUUACAGAGCUGGACUCAGACAAACGGGAAUAUAAACAAAAAAUUGAAAAUUUAGAGCAGACUAUUCUAAAAUUGAGGGAAACGAUCAAACAAAAUAAUGACAAGAAGGCCGAAAUGAUUGAAGACUUUCAAGAAAAGGAAGAGCGAAUAUACAGUGAAUACGAAUUGAAACUUCAACGUAUUAAAAGAGAGAAUGAUUAUCAGCAAAAUAAAUUAAAACUUAAACUUGAAGAAGAAGAAUUAAGACCAAAAGUAAGUGAUUUCCAACGCAUCAAGGAAGAAUUGGAGUUUGUGAAGAAAGACUUAAAAAAGAAAGACCGUGAAGUCCAAGUUAUACAGAAGGAUCUUGAAAAUACUAAAGCUGAACUCAAAUCAUCGAAUGAGGAAAAAAGAGCUCUAGCUAAUGAUCUAUAUAUUAAAACAAAGGAAUUGAAUGAAUUGAAGGAGCCACAAAAGCCUACUGAUGAAAUAAACAUCGCUAAGUCAGUUGAUACACCAAUUGAAGAGGAGAUUACGAAUAACGCCGAUAUCUCGAAUUAUUACAGGCAAUUAAUCAGUGAAACAGAGAAAGAAAAGCAGACUUAUUUGAAAGACAAAGAAUAUCUCGAUGAGCAUAGAGAUUAUCUUUCCAAGGCUAUGGAAACUAGUAUUUAA